GGCUACAGCCGGCCGCAGGCCGACGGCUCGUGCCGCGCCGACGGCUCGGUCGCGCUGCUCUGGGGCGGCCCCCUGACCGUGCUGGUGGACACGGGGGGGCCCUGGCUGCGCCCGCACCUGCCGGGGCUGCUGGCCGCCCACGGCGUCGCCCCCGAGGACGUCACGCACGUGGUGGUGACGCACGGGCACUCGGACCACGCGGGCAACCUGAACCUGUUCCCGCGCGCCACGCUGCUGGUGGGCUUCGACCUGAGCCGCGGCGAGGGGCUGUACCUGCCGCACGGGCUGGCGCGCGGCGCGCCGCUGGAGCUGCACCCCGGGCACCUGCGCGUGGUGCCCACGCCCGGGCACACGCGGGCGCACGUCAGCGUGCUGGCGCUGGGCACGGCGCUGGGCACCGUGGCGGUGGCGGGGGACGUGUUCGAGCACGGCGAGGACGAGGAGGAGUGGCGGGCGCUGAGCGAGGAGCCCGCCGCGCAGAGGCGCAGCCGCCGCCGGCUGGCGGCCGUGGCCGACGUGAUCGUGCCCGGGCACGGGGAGCCCUUCAGGGUGAUCCGGGAGUGGGGGGCACAGCCGCAGGAGCAGGAGGAGGAGGAGGAG